UCACCGCGCCUCCACGUAACUCAAUCAUCUGAGACUGAAGCGGUCAAUGGUGGUGGACUGGUGACUGGUGGACUGGUGGACUAGUGGACUAGUCAGUCAUGUGUCCCGUGAGGAUCUCGCUGCUGUCGUUGGUCCUGGCCUCGACAUCAACAGUACUAUUAUCAACAGCCAACAAUGUGCCUGUGCCGGUGUUUAAAAGUUUUCCAACUACGAUCAAGACAUCUAUACACGACACAGUGCUACUGCCCUGUUACGUAGAGAACCUGGGUGUGAACGGGAUCAGGUGGUGGAAGGACGAGAGGCUCCUGUGGGACACGAGUGACGAGAAGGUGACUCCUCCAGACAACAUCAGAGUGUUCCCGAACCAGACUCUGGAGGUGGCGGACCUCAAGGACUCUGACACGGGAGACUAUAUCUGUCAGGUGGUGAGACCUGAUCCUUGGAACCCCAUCAAUCAGGUCCAUGCUAUCGAGGUGAUGGUUCCUCCAAAUGUAAAGACAGUGCCAGAAAGUGGAGAAUUGGAGGUGGAGUUGGGUCAUGAGGUGAUCAUGGGCUGUAUUGUCACUGGAGUUCCCACUCCGGUCGUCAGCUGGUCGUACAAGGGAAAGGACAUGGAGCUGAUCAACAACCGAGCGACUCUGAGGUUCAAGGCGACUGAUCGCAAGAUGUCGGGCAACUACCAGUGCACGGCCACUAACGGAGUAGGCGACUCAGCCGCAGCAACCAUACGACUGAAAAUUCUAUAUCGUCCGGAGGUGGGAGCAGAACGUCUGUGGAUCCACACGGCUCCCGGGGAACGAGCCGAGCUCAGUUGCACUGUCUUCUCCGACCCGGAAUCCAAGGUAGAAUGGUUUCACGAAGACAAGGCAGUUGAUCUUGGAGAUGGGCGUAUCAUGGCCUACAGGGAAGGCGAGAAGCAUAAGCUGAUCAUCAAGAGAGUGAUCAGUGCGGACCUAGGAUUCUUCACGUGCAGAGCAACCAAUCUCUUCGGCAGAGGACAACAAAGUGUUCACCUUUCAGGUAUUGCAAACCCUGCAGCAUUCAAACGUGGCCCGAAACAGUCCUCCAAUCACAACUAUACUCUCAUUUGGGAGGUCGAAAGUUACUCGGCGAUAAUAGAAUAUAAGCUGCUCUUCAAAAAACACCAGGGUUCUUCGGAGAUGACGGACUGGACUGAGAUUAUCGUGCCCGCAGACUCGAGCUCCCCAGGUCCCAUCCACUCCCAAUCGUACACAUUGUGGGGUCUGCAGGAGUCAACGGUCUACGAGGCCUCUGUGCUUUCCCGCAACAAGUUUGGCUGGAGUCGGCCUUCUCACAUCUUCAGAUUCGCUACCAAGGGGGCUGACUACAAUCCGGACUCAUCUUCACAGAUUGAACAUUUGGCAACCAGUGAAGAUCCUACAUUUGUAUUUUUGCAAAAUCUGUUGACAGAUUUGAGUGUAAAAGAAGAUGACCUUCAGGAGCUUCAGGAACAGGAUGAAGCAAAGGAACAGGUCUUACGCGACUUCAUCGAAAAGAAAAUUGUAAAUAUCGAAGAAGCCGAUGCUUCACCCAUGUAUGAAGGAAACUCUUGGACUGCCGACAGUGGAUUUUCCUCAAUACAUACGUUCUCCUGGGGCCUGUCUAGUUGUUUGUUGGCAACACUGGUUCAGCUGCUUCACUGACUUCCUUAAUAUUGUACAAACAUUUGGCAGCAAUGUAUAUAAACCAAUGUAUAUAACAUCAUGUACAGAGUGUUUUGUUUUAUUAAAUAUUUUUAUACUUU